CCCCCCCAAGCGCUCGUCUGGGUUGCCUGCCCCUAAAUCCGACCCUGAUGGUAGACGUCGGGGACAGAGGAAAACCGGCCUCGAGCAGUCAUAAUGAUAAAAGAACCCACAAAGGCAGCCACAACGUGUAGCCAGGACCGACACUGCGCCCACGGGCUCUUCUGUGAUAAGCACUUCCGGCUGUGCUGUCCCCUGCGCCAGGAGGGGCAGUACUGCCGCUGCGACACCCACUGUGCCAGGGGCCUGAGCUGUAUGUUUGGCAAGUGCCACAGGACCGUGCCGGACGGGCAGGAGGGUGCUCGCUGCCGGCAGGACAAGGACUGUGGCGUGGCUGCCUGCUGCGCCCGCCACCACGGCGAGCUGCUCUGCAAGAAGAGGCUGGAAAUGGACGAGAGCUGCUUCGUGCCCCAGGGAGGCUUGGCCUUCAGCAUCAACCAGGUCUGCCCCUGCCAGGAGGGGCUGGUGUGCAGGACUGGGGCUGCUGGCCGAGAGAAAGCAUUCGAGUAUUGGCAGGAUAAAAGUGACUGGAGAUGCAUGAAGCUCUUGCUGUAGAGAGGAGAUGACUGUGCAUCCUUCCCUGAG